UAUUGUGCUGUGCUGAUAGCGAGUUCCCGUCGUCUGCCAUGCCAACCACCGAAACCAAUUGCCUGAGGGUAUUACACAGGAGAUCUUCUCGAAUCCGACGUGAGCAAUUUGUACCAGUUGUGCUGUAGCACUUGAACCGUUAACAUGUUACGAAUUUUGAGGUGCCGUGAUAACUCAUCCCUUCGGAUGUUUUCCCGAGCUAAACAUACGGGCACAGUGAUAGCGAUUCGUCGCGAAGAUCAAUCAGUAUGGGAGCGACGAGCCUCCUUCAGUCCAGCUGGCGUAAAGAAGCUCAUCAAGCAGGGCGUUAAGGUGAUAGUUCAACCGUCCAAUCGACGAGCCUACCCAAUGCAGGCUUAUCUUAACGCUGGCGCCACUGUCCAAGAAGAUAUCAGCGAAGCUUCCGUCAUCUUUGGCGUUAAGCAGGUCCCCGUGGACGCACUCAUACCACAGAAGACCUACUGCUUCUUCUCGCAUACUAUAAAGGCACAGGAAUCCAAUAUGCCCCUCCUGGAUGCCUGUCUGGAGAAAAAUAUUCGCCUCGUCGACUACGAGAAGUUGAUGGACCGAAAUGGGCAGCGAUUGGUAGCGUUCGGCAAAUACGCCGGAGUAGCUGGUAUGGUUAAUAUUCUACAUGGACUCGGCCUGCGAUUGUUGGCCCUGGGCCACCACACACCUUUCAUGCACGUAGGACCAGCGCAUAACUACCGUAAUUCAUCAAUGGCUCGACAAGCAGUUCGGGAUUGUGGAUAUGAAAUCGCACUUGGCAUGAUGCCCAAAUCAAUUGGACCGUUGACGUUCAUCUUCACCGGAUCUGGAAACGUCUCGCAAGGGGCACAAGAAGUCUUCCAAGAGCUACCCAUUGAGUAUGUACCGCCGGAAAGUUUGCGCAAGGUUUCAGAACAUGGCAGUCAGAACAAGCUAUACGCAUGUGAAGUGAGUCGAUCCGAUCAUCUGGAACGACGCGACGGUGGCGGAUUCGACGCCGUUGAAUACGAUCAGUACCCCGAGCGAUAUAUUUCAACGUUUAGUACAAACAUUGCACCUUACGCCUCAGUUAUCGUGAAUGGCAUCUACUGGGCUGUCGGAGCACCAAAACUUAUUACCAUUCCUGAUGCAAAGAAUCUUCUUAGGCCUGCGAACACUCCAUGGUUACCAACCAGUCGGGGUGCUCCUGCACUACCACAUCGCAUGCUGGCCAUCUGUGAUAUCUCCGCUGAUCCCGGUGGUUCCAUUGAAUUUAUGAACGAGUGCACCACAAUCGAUACGCCAUUCUGUUUGUACGAUGCUGAUCGCAAUAAAGAUCAAAAGAGCUUCAAAGGACCGGGCGUAUUAGUAUGUUCGAUUGAUAAUAUGCCCACUCAACUGCCAAGAGAAUCCACCGACUUCUUCGGAGAUCUGCUGUAUCCGUAUGCUUUGGAUAUAUUGCAAAGUGACGCAUCUAAACCUCUUGAAUCACACAAUUUCUGCCAGCCCGUUGAAGGGGCCAUCAUAUGCAGUAAUGGAAAGCUUACUCCCGGAUAUGAAUACAUCAACGAACUACGCGAAGCCAACUUUCGAUCACGACAUAAAACUGAAGGAUCGUGCGUUGGAAAGAAGCGAGUGUUGGUUCUUGGAGCUGGCUUCGUAUCGGCACCUUUGGUGGAGUACCUUCACCGGGAGUCUAAUGUCAUUAUCAAAGUGGGUUCACAAAUCAAGGAAGAAGCCGACCGGCUAGCUAAUCGCUACCAGGGAAUUGAAUCGGUUUACAUAAACGUUGCAGAUGAGAGUACAAAUUUGCAGAAUUUAUGCGAGGAAAGUGAUGUUGUGGUUUCGUUACUGCCGUAUUCGUUGCACGGGCUGAUUGCGAAACACUGCGUUGCCGGUAGGACUCAUUUGGUGACGGCUAGUUAUUUGAACGACGAUAUCAAGGCACUAGAUGAAAGUGCCAAGGAGGCGGGAGUAACUCUCAUGAACGAAGUUGGCUUGGAUCCCGGCAUCGAUCAUUUGCUGGCCCUGGAAUGCAUACACGAAGUACAAGAAAAGGGUGGAGUAGUCGAAUCCUUCGUGAGCUUCUGUGGUGGGCUACCUGCACCAGAAUACUCAGAUAAUCCCCUGCGAUACAAGUUCUCGUGGUCGCCUCGCGGUGUUCUUCUGAACACACUUUCUGCUGCCAAAUACCUGAGCAAGGGACAAGUGGUAGAAAUCUCCGGAGGUGGUGAUCUAAUGACGGCUCCACGUGAUCUCGACUUCCUGCCCGGAUUCGCACUGGAAGGAUUCCCUAAUCGUGACUCCACCAAGUACCAAGAUUUGUAUGGCCUCCCAGGGGCGCACACUCUCAUUCGAGGAACAAUUCGUUACAAGGGUUUCUCGGACAGUAUCAAACCAAUGCAGCUCCUAGGUCUAAUUGACCCCAAUCCCCAUCCAAUGUUGCACCCGCAUGGACCGGAGAUAACCUGGAGGCAGCUAAUCAUCAACUUACUCGGAAUGCAAGAUGCCGACAUGUUCUACGAAAACUUGAAACACAGGUUGGCCGAACGUGUGGGUAACAUGGAUGGUAUUGAAGAACUUGGAUUACUGGAUGACAACAAAGUGGUUAAAAUGGGAACUCCCUUGGAUACAUUGAGUCAUUAUCUCUCGGGCAAACUUGCUUUUGAGCCAACAGAACGCGACUUGAUUGUUCUCAGGCAUGAUGUGGGUAUUCGUUGGAGCGACGGCCGACGGGAGCAGCGAGGAAUUAACUUCGUAGCAUACGGCCAACCUUCCAUCAAUGGAGGACACUCGGCAAUGGCUGUUACUGUCGGAUUCCCAGCAGCCAUCGCUGCGAAGAUGAUUCUAGAUGGUGAAAUUCAACAACGUGGAGUUGUACUACCGUUCGCCUCGGACAUUUACAGAACUAUGCUGGCGCGAUUGGAAAAUGAAGGAUUGGUUGCAAACACGACGUCAAAGUUCUUAUGAUUUGAACUUUUAGAUAGCCUACAUCUCAGUAUCGAUAAUGAAUUUGAUUUUCUGUUGUUGUAUGGAGCCGGUGCUUCGUAUGAAGUGUGCGAAAAUAUGAAUGUUGUUAUAAAUAAGUUAAGUGAAAACCUUAUAGCGAAUAAAGAAGAUAAAGAGGUACCUAACUGCA